GUUCCCUCUAUCUUUCCAGAUUGUGCCAAGCGUAUCAAGGUCCACGUGGUAUUAGGCGCAUAGUACGUCAUUCUGUCCAACAUCGACGCCGGGUGUCACGGCUUGCUCUCGCCUUCCGUCUUCCGCCAUUAAUUGUCUUUCUUUACUCUCGGAGUGUGAAGAGUGCAGGUUCACUCCAAUUCCUAUAUCGUCAUCAUCCAUUCCCCCUCAGCGUAUUCAUACCCGCACCCAUCCAUUCCGCCCCAUCCGCAGUUCACUCCCCAUCUUCGCACAGGAGGUCGAGCGACUUCCAACGCUUGGCAUCAACGCAGAGGAGUAUAAGACUGCACAGGAGAGCACGUUCAGUCUUCAUUCAAACACGCAUUUCACACGCAUUUCAACUUUCACUUCGCUUCACUCUUCACUUCGCCUCUACAACCCCACACGAUGCUCUCCCUCCUCUCCCUCGCCCUCAUCCCACUCGCCCUCUCCCUCCCUUUCCAACGCGCCCCCCUCCCGCGCAUAGUAGGCACCGAAUCCUGCACCCCUCUCACCAGCGGGAUCCUCACAGGUGAAUCUCUCUCCAACCCCCAGAACUUCUUCCUCUGGGGAACGGGUAACGUCCUCUAUUACGGAGGCAGUGAUGGCUUGGAAGUCCAAUUCCAGGCUUGUUCGCCCAAUUUUGAAGCCUUCACCAACAACGCCACCUUCGCAACAGGUCACCUCUACGUCCCCUACAUCUCCAAAUGUCUCUCAGUCGACCCUCCCAACGGGCCCCCGCCACACGUGCUCCAAGCUGAGGACUGUACGUAUAAUGAGGACUCGGGUCAGAUCUUACAGCAGUGGUGGAUGAGGAAUGGGACUGAGGGGGUGGAAUAUGUUUGGGCAGGAUACACCGACAACCUCGGCUCCGUCCAAAACGCCCCCACCUGCCAGGGGGGAACAUUCGGUUUCCUCCUCCCAGACGUCGACCAGCCCCUGACGGGAGGGGAAGUGGAGGUGGUGUGUAUGAGCGAGGAGGGGGCGAGGGGGUUUAGGAUCGAGCCCCAGAACUAGGGAGGGAGGGGAGGUGAGGAGGGCGCUGGCCGGACGUUUUGUUGUGUGCGCUUGUUUGUCUUGCCUAGCGUUUUCUUUCGCACAUUUUUUUCCGCUUCCUUCUCCCCCCACUUUUUACUGACGAACUGCACGAACAUGACGAACCCAAAAUGAAAGAAAAUGUAUAUAACGCCAAGAGAAUGUAAUGUAACGUAACGAGAAAUCUCAAAAGUACACAGUACUAAUCAC